CCUUCCGGCUCCGGCGGCCGCGAUGGAGGCGGCGCCGCGCGUUUCCUUCGGGGUGGUCGCGGACAUCCAGUACGCAGACGAGGAGGACGGCUGCGACUUCUGGGGGCGCCGGCGGCGGUACUACCGGCACAGCCUCCGCCUGCUGCGGGCCGCCGUGGAGGCGUGGGCAGCCGAGCAGCCGCCGCUCGCCUUCGUGGUGCAGCUGGGCGACUGCAUCGACGGCGUCAACGCGCGGCGCGGCGCGGCCGAGGGCGCUCUGGAGCGGGUGCUGGCGGCGCUGCGGAGGCUGCCGGUGCCGGUGCACCACGCCUGGGGCAACCACGAGCUCUACAACUUCUGCCGGGACCGCCUGGCGAGUAGCGGCCUCAACAGCCGCCCCGCCCCCGCCCCCGCCGCCGGGCCGCCCGCCGGGCCGCCCGGGGACUGCCAUGCCUACCACUUCAGCCCGGCGCCGCGCCUCCGCUUCGUCCUGCUCGACGGCUACGACCUGAGCGUGCUGGGCAGGGACCCGGCCAGCCCCAGCCACCGGGAGUCCUUGCGGCGGCUGAGGGAGAGGAACCCCAACGAGAACCUCAACAGCCCGGCAGGGCUCAAAGAACCUCAGUUUGUAGAGUUUAAUGGAGGAUUUAGCCAAACCCAGCUGGACUGGUUCGAUGAAGUUCUCAAGUUCUCUGAUGAAAACCAAGAAAAAGUUGUAGCUAUGGGUCAUCUGCCCAUUCAUCCAGAUGCUUCAGACAAAGUUUGCUUAGCCUGGAAUUACGAAGAUGCGCUUUCUGUCAUACACUCUCAUCAGUGCGUCGUCUGCUUUCUUGCAGGACACCUGCAUGAUGGUGGCUAUUGUUUAGACUCACAUGGUGUUCAUCAUCUGACUUUGGAGGGGAUUAUUGAAACUCCACCAGAAAGCAAUGCCUUUGGAACUAUUUAUGUCUAUGAUGAUAAAAUGGUAUUAAAGGGAAGGGGCAGAAUUUCAGAUAGAGUUAUGUAUUUCUAAAAAUGGUAAGCAUACAUAUAUAAAUUGUUCUUCAGGAAAUAGUCGGACUAAAAAGUAUAGGAUCCAGCAUAUUCUUUGCUUGUAGAAAGAUCUACACAGCUGAUCCUUACAGCUUUAACUUACGUUUUUUUCUCAGAUACAGAAUUCUAAAAAUUAUACUUCUGUAAGAAACCAGACUUAGUUUCUGCUUGGAAAAUAGAGAAGGCCAGUAACUGUGUUUGAAAUAAAUAUAUUUGAAUGCAGAAUGUUGAAUUGAACUACCCAAUCUUGAACAGAUUGUUACUCAACUGUGGGGGAAGGGGGAAGAAAAAAAAAAACUCACUAGUUGGCUGGUGUUUUGUUUUUGAUUUUUUUUUUUUUUAAAUUUAUAUGUGUCAGAUUUAAAGCAUGCAAAAUUGUACCUGUGUAGAAGUGUUUACAUUUUUAUGUCUUGAGUCUAGUAGAAAAGUCCACCCUGUAGCCUAAUGAGGCGGUCUUAACAUUGCUUCAAAAAGCUCAAGUAAUUUUCAAAAAAUAAAAGCUCAAGAAAAAUGGACACCAUCUAUGCUAUGUCAGAACACAGCACAGGGAGGCCCAAGCUUAAAAAUAAAAAUAAUAUAAAUUAAAGCAGGAAGACUAUGGCAUCAUGUAAUGCUGCAGAUACACAAUACACCAGCUGGGAUCUACGUGUGCCCAGCCAUGUUAGCCUGCAGCUGUAUCAACCUAACAAGCCCUGACUUGGGAUGACUUAAAGCAUGGUGUUGUGCUGCAUCUGAACCCAUGCUGGCUCACACCCUGCCAGCUUUAGUGUCCAGCAUACUCACCUGUGCUUUCUUCUCCAGGAUUAGUGAUGAUGGAGCACGGUUACCGUCUCUGGGUUGCUGCAUGGGUUCUGCUUUCCAGGACCAGAAAUUCUGCAAGUUGUGACAGUAACUAUGUCUGCUGGUGGCAGUCAAGCAUGCGUCUCACAGAAAUAAAGAAGUUUUCACUGGAUUUUCUUUAGAAAAAUAUGAUUUACUACUCUGUCAAAACAAUAAUCACAAAUAAAGAUAAUAAAAACAUUGAUUUAGAUA